AGUAGUCAAAUCUCCCUAGAAAAACCCCACUGAGAGUGGUCUACAAUGGACGCGUCAGCAUCAUAGACACAACACAAGUUUGCAAAGGCAAAUGCACACAUAAAUAAUAGUCCCGUGAGUGCGCCAUGUAGACGCGUAGAGAUCAACCAUCUUGAGGUUAUACGUUAGUAAUCUUUCAACUGUGGUCUGAAAUUCCACCGCGGUCCCGCCCCAGGUGUAUCCUUGUUUUGGAGUAUUUAGUCCAUUCAUGAACCGAAACCGAAAACUUGAGACGAUGAUUAUAAAUUGUCGUUGUAGUAGUUACGUACAACAUAUCGUAUCGUAGUAAUUGGCAGUAAUACCCAAAGUUAUACCGUGGUGGCAGUGGUGCGGGGAUUCAUUCUACAGUUUAGUGUGGGUUUGUGUACUAUAAAUAAACCUAAUAAAGGGAGCUCGGAAUCUUUUAACAAUUCUACGAAAGCAGAAAUAAAACUGAUCGUAUGCUAAGUAAGUAGUGAGUUGAAAAGGUGCGGUGAUGGUCGUUGGAAGUUGAAAAAUAAGACAAGAAAAAAAAAGUAUUUGAAGAUUGGUGGAAGUGCAGCGUUUCAACGAAGAUAAAUUUGAGUGAAAGUACAUGAGGCACCCAGCGGCGUUAAUCUUUGGGCUAAUCGGUGCAGUUUUUUGGCACACGUAGUAAUUCUUCACUGAUAGAUUGAGAAAAGUUUCGCUUCUAUGUAUGCAACUCUCUAGAUAGUGUAGCGGUAGGUACUGUAGCGAUUGAAAACAUCGUAACCUGUGUGUCCGCCAUUUUGAAAUUACGCACGUCGCUGCUGAAAAUCGUGCGUGUUUUUAGUUGUUUUUUCGAUUGAUAGUUACAAAAUCACGGAGUUCACGAUUGAGUCGAAGAUUAACAACAAAUGUUUAAAUGGACGCAUCGUCCAUUAUAACCCAAGUUUCGCGGGAUGACGAACUAGGCCAGUUUAACAACGAGAAAGUUCAAUUACCAAAAGAAAAUGAAGUUGCCAGCGGGACAAGAAAUGGAAAGAAACCAAGGGGGCGAGGCUUUCUACGGUCGUUGCUCUGUUGCUUGGGACGAGGACGUGGCAGUAGUUCGAAAAGUUCGAAAGCCAGUUCUUUGCAGGGUGAUGGAAGAGUUUCGCCAUCCCUUGGUAGCGGCUCCCCUCGGUUUUUAUUACCCCCAGUUCGCCACCAGGACAUGCAUAAAAAGUGCAUGGUGAUUGAUUUGGACGAAACGUUAGUUCAUAGUUCAUUCAAGCCGAUUAAUAAUGCUGAUUUUGUCGUACCGGUCGAAAUAGAUGGUACAGUGCAUCAGGUCUAUGUACUAAAGAGGCCUUAUGUCGAUGAAUUUUUACAAAGAAUGGGCGAGCUCUACGAGUGUGUUUUAUUCACUGCCAGCCUUGCCAAGUACGCUGACCCGGUAGCAGAUCUAUUGGACCGAUGGGGCGUAUUCAGGGCAAGAUUGUUCAGACAGUCAUGUGUCUUCCACAGAGGAAAUUAUGUUAAGGACCUCAACAAGUUGGGUCGAGAUCUUCAGCAGAUUAUAAUUGUUGACAAUAGCCCUGCUAGCUACAUUUUUCACCCAGACAAUGCGGUACCAGUGGCGUCGUGGUUCGACGAUAUGACAGACUCGGAACUGCUGGAUCUAAUACCUUUUUUUGAGAAGCUCACCAAGGUGGAUAACAUCUACACGGUACUUUGCAACAGUAAUCAUCCCUACAACCAGGCUCCAUCGACGCGACAAAAUAGUCCAAGCCCAGUUUCAAGUCCUCCUGUUGUCAACUCCUAGCAAAAUCAGUCAUCUGGCUUAGCAACCAGUAACAGCAUCCCCCAGCACUCCGUAAGGAGGGCUCUUAUCCGCGCCCUCUACAUCGCUCACUUGUUGUGUUACGGACAGCCAACUGUGCCCAGCUAGGUUACAGGCAGACUAGUAUACACUCAGAUUUGUUUACCAGUCCUGCGUAAUGCAAUUGAACAUAAACGAAGCGAGCUUAGAACUCGGUGUAAUGGUUCAAUGUGCUUAACCAGCGUCUCUAGCUCUUUUUAUCGACAGAUAAUGAUCGCAAAGUAUAAAUAUUACUUUGAGCAUUAAGGAGUUUGCUCCUUUUUCUCAUUGCCCCUGAUUGUCAACUAUAAUACCUCUGUCUUGAUUACGACCAUCUACAACCAAUAACCAACGUAUUAUUCUUUAAUUCGACACUGGUUGUCUGCAUUUCAAUCCAUUGGAUGGGUCUAACACAAAAAGAAGAGUUUCAAAGUUUUAAUCGAUGUCUGAGAGGAUUGAAAUCAACUGCUUUAGCUGACAGAAUAGCAGUCGAAGUUUAGAAGAAAGAUGGAGUUAUGCUUCAACGAAUUUGAUACUUGUUGCCACAAUCCAUCUCUAACGCUUAUCGAAAAUCGGUACGUUUCUAUUAGGAGAUCUACCUGUGCUGUUUAUUAUACGGGAUGUGACAUUUUAAAAUACCGGUAGAAAAUAAAUACAUCGUGAGAUAUUUUUGGACGUUGUAAAAUGACGUGAAAUGCAUAUGGUUUAAAAUCAAUGCAGUUUGUAUUUGAUAUCGGUUUUUCAAAUUAAAUUAAGUAUGUGAAAAUUUAUAGGUAAAAGCUAAUAACAUGCGACCAAGUAUCACCCUAUAAGAUAAUACUGUGCUUUACCACAAGAUUUUCUACCGUUGUCUGAAAAAUUGUGCCGAAUUUAUCUCAACUUUUUUCUGUUUUCACUUUUUUGGAUUAAAGAAAUGCUCAAUACAAUUCCAAUAAAAUUUUAGUAGCUUGCUAAAACAGUCGUAGUCAAAAAGGGGAUGGUGAAACAAGAUUAUUAGAUUGCUUUCCUAUCUCUUGCGAGGAGAAUGAAUCAGUUUGAACACAUUCUACGAACGUAUAAAGAUUUGCUAAUAGAAUACUACUUCAGAAAAGUUAGAAAUAACGUCGAGAUGCAGAUACUUGAAAUUAUAAAUAUUUUUUUCACACAAUCAAUUUCGCAUCUUACAAUUAGAAUAAAAACACUAAUUACUGAUUUCUCAUGUGCAAAUUCUUUCAAUGAUGUUUUAUGUUUCUAACACUAAACUGAUACCUGCCCACAUAUUUGAUUCUUUGGAUUUGCAGAAUUUGAUCGCAGUUCUUCCAUUCUGCCAUACAUGACAAUUACAUACAUCUAUACAGUGAAAUAAUCUAUAAUAAUCGUACAGUUUAAUAUCAAAUUUCACUGCUGUUAAUACCUUGGUUCAAUCAAUUGCGAUCGGUAUUAUUUAAAUCAGUUAUAUAUUGAGAACAGUAUGUCUUGAUCAUGAGAUGUAACUAAAUUGGAUAUUGAAUAUCACACAUGCUAAGUACUGAACUGCUCACUGCAAGUUAUUUAUUAAAUUUACUUGUGAGGGCAUAUUAGACAUGAAUUUCAUCUAUAGAGUGUUGAUUAUGACUCCUUCAUAUAACUAGCAGUAUGAAAAUGCAAAUCAAAACUUGAUCGGUCGCCUGAUCCUUUCGAAAUAAAUCUUUCUCGUCCAAUCUCACCUAUUCUGUCUUUAAAAAAGUGCGAACUAUUGUAUAUUAAACAACCACUGCAAACAAGCAAUUGUGGACAUGUCUGUCUUUCCAUUCAUGAAGUCAUUUAAUUUUGAUAAACCUAUAAGAUUUCCAUACAUUUUGAAACUAUUUUUGACAAAAAUAUCUCCAUACUUUCAUUUGAAUGAUGAUAAAUAUUUGAAUUCGGUGCCUAGUUUAUGUUGGUGAUGAAGUGCGAGACACGAAAAAAAUGAAAAUAAGGAUAAAGAAAGAAUGGAUUAUUGAGUUUUUUGAAGUCGUAGAAUUCUCACAAAAUUCUAGAUUUCACACCUUGAAUUUAAACCGUAAACAUAAUUUCUAACUAUCUACAUAAUUAUUUUCUCUUUUUUUUCCUAGCACAUGUAAUUUCCUAAUUCAAACUGUAGGGCACGACUUUAGCCCAUUAUUCUCUUUAACGCGAUCGAUCUAGUAAUAUAUUGGCCUCCCUGUUCAAAAUAUGCCAAUUUUCACCCUUGAUCAUUUUGAUUUUGGUAUCUAUUCAUAAAUCUCCUAUGACUACAAGCAAUACAUUUUUUCUAUAGGGAAAAGCAGGCUAUAUAGUACCACUCUAUACUCAAUGAUAGCGCAAGCAAUGUAUUUUCUAUAAAGUGGUAAGAUAUAGCUUACUUUCCCUAACUUCUAUUUAUUACUAAAAUAUGAAAUUUGGGUAACUAUCUCUCUAUGUAAUUUUCAUUCAUCGCGCCAGUGCUAUUCACUAAAAACAUGUGUAUCCAAAAAAAUUUCCCCUACAGAAAUAGAGUAUUACAAUGACAGAUGCGAAAAAAUUGCAAGCAUCAAGGAAAAAUGUGAGAAAGUCUACAUAAUAUGAAGAUCUAUGUUGCCUUUUAACAGAUUGUAGGUGGAUAAAUUGCAGACAUUUACUUAUUUGAUUGUGAAUCAACAAUAGUGGGCAGAUGCGAUUUACAUGACAACAAUUGAGAGCUCUAUUAAAUAGUAACUAUAUUCUUACAUUCAUAAAUAACACCGACUGCGUCUACACGUGUAUGAAAUUCAGUCUACGAAAGUGUUACUACUAAAUUAGAUUCAUGCCAUGGUGUACGCGUGAGAGAAGUAUGACUGACUGAACUUAUUCUGAAAAUGUGAAAAUGAAACUAUUUUUUCAUUAUAAUUUGUUCACAAAAUCUAAUUUAAAAGACUAAAAAAAGUAUCAAUUUGACUUACUUCAUUCAGAGCUAUGCUUAUUGUGGUCUAAAUUUCUAUUUUAUUUUCAACUUCACACAACUAAUUACAUGACACUUAUAUGUAUGAUAUUUAAUUUUAAUAAUAAGCAUUUAACGCAGUAAACGAAAACUCUGUUCAACAGGACAAUUUGAAAUCCGUCUGACUAUAUAAAGUACUGUGGAAAAGAAUGUACAGCAUUGAUGGGUGGCAAUAGUUUCCACAUUAGGCUGCUGAGUAUCAGUGGACUCAAAUUUACAUUUUUCGAUGUCUCAUCUGUGUGAUCAUUUAGUAUGUAAAUUAUCAAAUCGAUUAUAAUUUUUAAAUUUCAUGAAUCUAGAAAUACUAAUAGAAUUUCCGUUCGGAUCGUUGAUUUUAUUUCUAUACAACUGAUGUUUUGUUACAUCAAAAACCAAUAUAUUAUAUACUAUAUACUAUAUACUAUAUAUAUAUAUAUAUAUGAAUAAUAUGCAAUCUUUAGUUGCAAUCAUCAAUUUAUGAACAUUUAUUAUUUAUCCAUUAACUAUUCUUUUAAUGUAGUCUUUGGUUUUCACUCUUAAUCAUUAUAGUCAAAGUGAAAUUCCUUUGUCCUCGUAUACAUGACCCAUUUGCGCCUGAUAGUGAAAUUCAUUUUGUAAAUCACAAUUGGUGCGAUUGUUAAAUGUACAAGCAUUCUCCUUCAUCCAGUAGAGCCUCAUUAUUGGCAACUUUGGUAGUGGUAGUGGUCAACAAACUGGUGUUAACUGUUCCGUCAGCUAGUGUCAUGGGCACACAAGAGAGAAAUGUGUGACACAUGUGUGAGAGGCACGUUUUUCAAUGGUUCUUCCUGAGCAGUUAUCAUUUAUCAGGUUCUACUGUAUUUCGUUUGAUCUGCCAAAGGUCACACAGAUAGAUGAAAGUCCGGACAUUUUUUGGCAAGAUUUUCCAAGUUGGGUGCGUGGAGUUUUUAGUUUCACUUCAAUAACCAAUAUUCGAUAAAAACUGUCGAUAAAAACUUGCUUAGAACUGCCGGUUGUGGGAGAUUUAAGAAAACUUAAGAACUGAUACAUAAGGUGAACAACAAGAGUAUCUAAGCCGCUGACAGGUGGCUAGAACUGUGCAAGUAUUUGAUCAUGUAUCGAAGUUGUGACUUGGCUAUGCAGAACAGCAAAAACAUUGGACGAAGUAAAAGAUAUAGUAAUAACAGCGCUAUGGCGAGAAAUUUCUACAUUUGUUUAAUCUACGUCAAAGUUAUAGAUAUUCAAUUUUCGUUUUCCCGCGCAUAUCAUUCUCUCCCUUCAGGGUAUACUAAUCAGAUAUUAUUACUUUAUACUGUAUCGAUAUAUGAUAAAUAAUAAUUAUACCAAUAAAUUGAAAUCUGAAAGAUGUAAAGAUUACGUAAAAAUAAGUGACAAAAAAUAAUUAUUUAGUUGGAAGGACAUCCUUUCAGGUAAAAUUAAUAAUCAAUAUAUCAUUCAUACUACAUAUACGAUUUUAUUCGCAAUCAGAACUAAUUGCCUAUAAAUUUUCAAAUCAUCAUUCAACCCGAUAAACUUGAUUCUUAAUAUCAGGUAUAAUAUUAUUGGCAACAAUCUUUACAACCCACAGAUUUCUGAAAUACGAUUUAUUAACCAUCGUAUACGUACACCUUAUACCAACAAGGCAAAAGAAAAACUUAUUAACUUACUAAUUAAUGAUUACUAUAUUAUUACGUUAGAAGUCUUUAUUCUCAGCAUAGUGCUGUGUACAGAUUACAUUAUAUUAUAUUGUAUUAUUAUUUGGAUUAACUAUAUAUUAUUCUAAUUUUAAUUCUAUAUAUCAAGUAAUUAAUUAUAGGCGUAUAUUUGUUUAGUGGAUUAUUGUCGGCGUUGCUCAAGAGUAUGAAAAACAUAAGACCGAAAAGAGGAAACAGUUUUAGAAAAAUUUACUACAGUAACUGAUGAGUUUUCUAUUUUAAACGCAAAGUUUUCCAUUUAAUGCUGUAAAUACUGUAUUAUAGUAUCAUAAUGAUAAAAAAAAAAUUGAAAUGCCAACGACUUGAAUAAUCGCUGAGCUCAGUUUAAAGAGGAUUGAGAAUAAUCGAAAAAUGAUAUUUCACAUGGUCCCAAGAAUUUAAAAUAAUUCAGGGCUUUUCAUAAUCAACAUAUUGUGAUAAAAAUACCUGAACGAAAAAUUCAAUUCCCUUAUAUUCCUGAGUAGCUUUUAUUUCAUGACAUUUGGUGAAGCGGACCCCAGCAGGCCUUUUGAGGUGACUGCGUGCCUGGUGCUAACUCCGAUAGGUUGGCCCCUGCGGUACAUGUUGGGGUCCAGGUUCACGGAAUACUAACGGAAUUUAUUUAUAAACAUAAUAGUAAUCAUGUUUAUAAAUAAUAAUUGACAUGUCUCAUGUAGUGUGGGUUUCCAUGGACAGUAAUGUAUAAUAUGUAACUUUCUUAACUUACCUGUUUGUACCAAACAUGGAAUAAGGGCAGAAGUCGAAUCAUGCUAGAUGGUUUUAUCCUUUCUUAACUUGUAAAUAAUGAAAGUUUUUUUCCAAGCUACUGUUACGUAAUACCCAAUCUGAGAAGGUUUUGAAGAUGUUAUAAUGUUGUGAGUUUUGUAAAAAGGCCUUCUAUAUUCUUUUCAUUUCAAGUGAAACUAUUUUUCCGACUUACGCCCCAUUCGAUCCAUCUUAUGAAUUGAUGGUUCUGUCACAGUAUUGGAUUUUCUGUUUUGUUACUUUUUUCUCGUAUUAUUUUCAUACUCUUGGCUAAGAUUACGCGUUGUUUGUCUUGUGCUCCCUAAUAUUUACACUAUCGAAGACAUUGACUUAUGAAUUUUAAUUGAAUUUUAAUCUUUUUUUUUUCUCCCCGAGUUGAAACUUAAUAUUGAGAAGUAAAAAGGUAUCUACACUUUUGGUUACUGAUAAUUGUUGCGUAUACAUUUUCUGAUGCCGAAAUUCUAGAAGAAUGAUACCGUAACAUUAGUAUUAUUAUUUCUAUCAUUAUUAUUGUUGUUCAAACGCCCAAAUGCCUGUAAAAGAAAAUACUUAUAAUUUUGCUGUUCUCAAAACCAAUAUGGGCAAAUCUUAAAAUGCGAAAUAGAGUAUAAUCUGUAAAUGGACAAGACUCCGGUCAAUGCAUUCUUCAUUCAGCAGGGGAUGAUGUCAGACAAAACGCUGAAACCGUAAUAUUUUUUAUGUGACAAAUGGUUAGUCUGUGAACUGUAGAACGUAGAUCACAUUGUUCUAUCAUAAAUCUGUGACGUAAACCGUUUAUGUAAAAAUACCAUGAAAUGAGAAACUUUUUAUUUAUCCAUAAAAAAAGUCGACGUUUCGUGAAUAUGACGUAAAUCAAAAAAGAAAAAGUAAAGGUAUCAGGCAAUUAACAGAGCAGCCAUUAUUGAUACAACUUUUACUUUUCGACUUGUUUUUCACACAUAGGUUUGAAUGGUUUAGUAAAUUCCAAUACUAUGUUAUUACCUAUCUCUGUAGUUUGCAUUUGGGCCUUCACUGUUAAUAGUAACUGGAAAGAUUGCUUUUCAUAAGGACAUUUCAUUACCGUCAACUGAGUAAAUUAUUUGCUUAUAAGCGUUUAACGUAUUAGGUGUUUUUUUAAAACACUGCUUCUUAAAAUAACGUUUCCGUCACAUUGCAUACUUUAAGUGCAUAUGCAGUACUUCAGAAAGUUUUGUCUUUUUAUGCCAACAAUUUAUGGCAUGAGUGAGGUAUAGAUAUGUGAUAUUAAUUAUAUCUAAACGUCACCCAUCAGUCGUUGAUUUAAGAAUGCUUUUCAAUGGUUUUUGAUAUCUGUUGUAGUAUGCGCAGCGGCAAGUCUAAAAAUCUUUCUUUGGUAGUAUAAAUGUUAAAGUAGAUGGGGAAAGCUGGUGCUUCCACGGUAAUUUAUUCUCGUUUUACGUGAACAGUGGUAGGAUUAAGCUUUUUGCUCAAUCUGAUUGUGUGGCUUGUUUAUAUAUCGAAAUGAAAAGAAAUACGGGGCAAGAACGAAAGGGAGAUAGAAAGAAAAAAAUGGAGUGGAAAUAUAAAAUCUAAUAAGUGCAAUAGUUGUUGAUAAUUUUAGAAUGAUUGCUUUUAAAUAUAUUUACAAGGAUUUAAUACAUGUUACAUGUAUUGAGUAAAUUCAACAAGAUACAAUGUGUAGGUGUAAUACCCGAUAGCUGAAUGACGAUGCAAGCGAGUCAUCCCUUUUUAUAUGCGACAUAAGAUUUAUAGAAAAUGAAACCAUGAAAUAAAAAAAAAAGUUAUAAAGCCAUGGACUAUAAGGAUUUGAGAUGAUAUAUUGUACAAAAUUUUGUCAUAAAAUGUUUUUUAACGAAACAAGAGAGUUGGACAUAUACAUAUAUAGACAAAGUAACAAAUUGCCUUGAUUUGUAAAUAAUCCUAAAUAAUUCUUUCUAAGAAUUUAUCAUUAAAGACUUAGUGCGCUACUCGGAUCGCAAGAGUUUACUGUUUCUAGAAUACUUUUUAAUAAAAGUAAAAUGAACCGGAAAGCAGAAAUGAAUCUUCACUACGAUGAUCAAUUUUUUAUAUACAUUAGUGUUGCAACAGAAGAAAAGCUCGUGGUACGAGUAGCAAUAGAAAAAAAUAUGUAAUCUUUCCCACCCCUCCAAUAUGUCCGGUUUGCUCUGUGAUUCUGUGUUUAAUAAAAAUAUAUAUAUUUGAUAA